AUGAGGCUGAUGGAACCAUUCCUGGACAAGGGCAGAAAUGUUACCACGGACAAUUUCUUUACAUCACUGUCACUUGCGCAACAACUGCUUAGGCGGAAAACCACCAUCCUAGGCACAGUCAACAAGAUUCGCCAGGAAAUUCCACAGUCAUCUAGACAGAGGGACUGCAAUGAACUUUACAAUGCUACAAAGUGCAGCGUGGAUGUGAUGGACCAGAUGGUGCGGGAGUACACUGUCCGCACAGGAACAUGGCGCUGGCCAGUCGCUGUGUUCUAUAACAUGAUUGAUACGGCAGCAUUGGAUGCACAUGUGCUGUAUCAAGCAUGCACCGGGAGGAAGGAGAGACGGGUGGACUUCCUGGUGGAGCUUGCAAGAGAGUUGGCUAACUCUCAUGUGACUGCGAAGAAGGCAUGA